UCUUCAGCUGAGAAUUACACUUAUCAUGAACUUUUGGAAUUAGUUUGAUCAUACUUUGAUUUCCAUCUCCACCAAAGAAGAAUAUCUUAUCAAACUAAUUGUGAAUGCAGGCAUGAAGCUUCAACAGCAUGGAUGAAAGAGGAGGUGAUGCUGUGUUUCAAGAAGCUCAUUGAGAUAAGUCCGGAUCUCAUGGAGCUGGAGGAUUACCACCUUCAUGAACUUUGCGACCAGUGCUUUAAUGUGGAGAGCUAUGACAAGGUGUACCAUCAUUAUAACUUCACGGUGAGGAUGAAAAUGCCAAAUUCAGCUGAUUGGACUGUGGAGUUGUAUUUCGCCGAAGUAAAGGAAAUUUUUAGGACAAAACACUAUUUAUGUUAUCCUUUGGACCCAAACGAAAAUGGUCAAUGUUAUGCAUGCAAGAACCAGGGAGUGGAAGAUUUGAGGCACCCUGCCAUUGAUCUAUUUGAAAUGGGCUCGCCUGAUGCUUCUGCAUGCAACUUAUGGUAUACAGCAGAAGAUUGACCAAGAUGAAGCUACAAUUUAUUGAAUCAGACAGUCUGGAACUUGUACUGUGUUCUGUUCGUUUGGGUUUCAACUUGGUUCGGUUGUAGAAUUAAUUCAUAGAUGAUGAUCUUAGCUGUAAUUAUGUACUAAGUACUUAAUUUGAUAUGGAUCUUCAGUCCGUAUGAAAUGGUUUUUCGUGUU